AGGAGCAGGCACAGGGCAGGGGCUCGGCAGGAGCAGGAUCGCGGUAGGAGCCGCGUUCCGAGGAGCUGGGAGCAGGCACAGAGAAGGGGCCUCGGAGGGGGAUCGGCCCCGCCGAGCUCCAGCAUCGCCGCAUCCCCUGCAGGUCCAGGCGCGCUCCCCCGCGGCACCGGGCCAAGGCAAACAGCGGGAAGCCGAUCCCCUCCCGCGGCACGGGAUGGGGCCGCUGUUUACCCCGCAGCCGCAGCCGGGGGCCCCGAGCCCGGCCCGGGGCUCAUCGCGGGCUCAUGGCGCUGCCGCUGCUGCUGCCGCUGCUGCUGGGGGCGGCGGGCGCUGCCGUGCCCCCGGCCGUGCCCCCGGCCGUGCCCGCGCCCCGCGAGCUGGCACGAUCCGUGCUGGAGACGCACGGGCAGGAGCUGCGGCUGCUGCGGCUGCUCGGAGUGGCCCGGACGAGCUUCGACUGGGGGACCCACUUCAGCAUCAACUUCACGGCGCGGCAGCCGCCGUGCCCCAAGGCCGCCCCGGACCCCCGCGGCUGCCGGGGCCGCCCGGGCAGGGUGCAGCGCUGCUCGGCCCAGGUGUCCGUGUUCACCUUCCUGCCCGACGUGCCGCUCUCGAUGGUGGAGUGCGGCCGGGAGCCGCAGCAGCCCGGUGACAGCGCCCAGCGCCGCUCCCCUGGCACCAACCCAGGUCACUCAUCAUCCUCAUCCUCCUCAUCCUCCUCAUCAUCAUCCUCGGGGCCCCCUCCGCGGCCUCGGCCCCCUCCCAGCGCGUCCCGCCGCCCCCUGUCCCCAGCGGAGCCGCAAUAAAGA